GGAAAAUGAAAAAUGUUAUGAAAAUUCCAACUCGUUUAAGAAUCAAUGUAGCAGAGUCUUCUUAAUAUGCUCUUACACAAUUUUUUGUUCUCUUCUUCUAACCCAAAUUUCCUCUUUAACUAUUCCAUCUUCUUUUCAAAAUUCUCUCUGUACAAGUACUUAUACAUCUUUCUAUUCGGUGCGAGGUGGUGCCAACAUGGUUGCGAUGCUUGUUCACCAGUGCAUAAGCCCUUUACCGGCACGGGUCGACCGGAGGAACAUGCAGAAGCCUAGACAUUAUCCCUUUAUUUCCUACGUUCUUACAAAGCCAAGAACCUGUACAGAGAUAACAUCUGAUGAGUCUAAGAAUGUUUACAAAGAUAACUGGUUUGAUCUUCUCGCCAUUAAUCAUAUCUCCAAAAGCUUUCAAGCUUCAACAGGAUUCAGAAGCAGCAAGGGGGGAUAUGAUGGCUUCGUGGAAGCUGCAACAAUGGCGACAAAGUUGUUUACUCCAACUGGGCAGCAGAGAAUUGUUAAUCAAACACUUGAUAUGGCCUUUCCUAGGCCUAUACUUAACAUGAUUAGGACCCUGAUGCCACAAUCUAGAUAUACAAGGGAGUUCUUCGCUGUCUUCACGACGAUUUUCUUUGCUUGGCUUGUUGGUCCCUGUGAGGUGAAAGAGUCAGAGUUCAAUGGAAGAAAAGAGAAAAAUGUCGUCCAUAUAAAGAAAUGCAGGUUUUUGGAGGAGACCAAUUGUGUGGGAAUGUGCACUAACCUAUGCAAGAUGCCAUCUCAAGCAUUCAUUCAAGAGUCCCUGGGUAUGCCCACGACCAUGGUGCCCAAUUUUGAAGAUAUGAGCUGUGAGAUGAUAUUUGGUCAGCAACCUCCACCACCAGCCAGUGAUCCAGCCUUCACACAACAAUGUUAUAAACAAUGUAAUUAUUUAAAAAUUAAUUUAUCACUUUCUAAUAAUUUUGGAAUUGCAUAGCAGACUUUUUCAUUUAGAAAAAAAAUAUGGCUCGAGCUUAGCCGGUCUAUUCUAUAUAGCCAAAUUAUAGCAAAAUUGCCUGCCAUAAAAGUGAACAAAGAUGAAUAAAGGUGAUGGGAAUAUUAUGCUCAUGCUUCUCUAUGUCAUUCGCGCAGGCAAGGCAACUCAAAGGCAUCAGAAAAACUGCGCUAGCUCAUAGAGUGUAGCUGUUCAAAAAAAAAAGGGAUUAUACGAACAAAGAGGUGAGGAAGGAAACGCUCAUAGUGUUUAACAGGAUCACAGUUAUUUUCUAAUUUAUUUAAUCUGUCGGAUAUAUCUCUGUAAGUUAUUUCCAUAUGAUUUAUCAUACAAUUCUUUCAUGAUAAAAAAACUGAAAAUUAUAAAUUACACAGCAAAAAACAAUGAAUUGAUUUA